CGCUCUUUGUGCAGCUGUCGCGAAAACCCGGAGCGGCGGCGCCCCUCGCGGCACCUCCCCGCAGCCCUCCCGGCCUCGCUGGGCAUGCUCAGUCGGCAGGGCCGCCUCAGCUCUCGGAGUAGGAAGCUUGGGCGCUCGGGCGGUCGAGAGCGGCGGCGGGGGGAAGAUGGAGCCCUUCACCAACGAUCGGCUUCAGCUCCCCAGGAAUAUGAUUGAAAACAGCAUGUUUGAGGAAGAACCAGAUGUGGUGGAUUUAGCCAAAGAGCCUUGUUUACAUCCUCUAGAGCCUGAUGAAGUGGAAUAUGAGCCCCGAGGUUCACGACUGCUGGUGCGGGGUCUUGGUGAGCAUGAGAUGGAUGAGGACGAAGAGGAUUAUGAGUCAUCUGCAAAGCUGCUGGGCAUGUCCUUCAUGAACAGAAGCUCAGGCCUGCGGAACAGUGCAGCUGGCUACAGGCAGAGCCCAGAUGGGACUUGUUCACUACCCUCUGCAAGGGCCAUGGUAGUCUGUGCUUCUGUCAUUGUGAUUGCUGUUGCUGUAAUCAUGGUAAUUUAUCUGCUGCCCAGAUGUACCUUUACCAAAGAAGGCUGCCAUAAAAAAAACCAAUCAAUGGUACUAAUUCAGCCACUUGCAACAAAUGGGAAGUUGUUUCCAUGGGCACAAAUCAGGCUUCCUACUGCCAUCAUGCCCCUACGCUAUGAACUUAACCUACACCCAAACCUAACCUCGAUGACAUUCAGGGGUUCUGUGACGAUUUUGCUUCAGGCUCUUCAGGCCACGUGGAAUAUUAUUCUUCACAGCACAGGACAUAAUAUUUCAAGAGUGACUUUUAUGUCAGCAGUUUCAAGCCAAGAAAAACACGCUGAGGUCCUGGAAUAUCCAUUUCAUGAACAAAUCGCCAUUGUUGCCCCUGAUGCCCUUCUUGAAGGACACAAUUAUACCUUGAAGAUAGAGUAUUCAGCAAAUAUAUCUAGUUCUUACUAUGGAUUUUAUGGCAUCUCCUACACAGAUGAAAGUAAUGAGAAAAAGUACUUUGCAGCAACUCAAUUUGAACCCCUGGCAGCAAGAUCUGCUUUUCCUUGUUUUGAUGAACCAGCAUUUAAAGCUACAUUUAUCAUCAGGAUCAUAAGGGAUGAGCAAUACACUGCUUUAUCAAAUAUGCCUAAGAAAUCAUCAGUCAUUAUGGAAGAUGGACUUGUUCAGGAUGAGUUUUCCGAGAGUGUGAAGAUGAGCACUUACCUGGUUGCUUUUGUUGUGGGGGAGAUGAAGAACCUGAGUCAGGACAUAAAUGGAACCCUGGUUUCUAUAUAUGCUGUACCAGAAAAGAUUGGGCAAGUUCACCAUGCCUUGGAAACAACUGUGAAGCUUCUUGAGUUUUAUCAAAACUACUUUGAAAUUCAAUACCCACUUAAGAAACUGGAUUUGGUGGCUAUUCCUGACUUUGAAGCAGGAGCAAUGGAAAAUUGGGGCUUGCUCACCUUCCGAGAAGAGACACUUCUGUAUGACAAUACUACUUCUUCAGUGGCGGAUAGAAAACUGGUUACUAAAAUCAUUGCUCAUGAGCUGGCCCAUCAGUGGUUCGGUAAUCUGGUAACAAUGCAGUGGUGGAAUGAUCUAUGGCUAAAUGAAGGUUUCGCUACUUUCAUGGAGUAUUUCUCUUUGGAAAAAAUAUUUGAAGAUCUCUCCAGUUAUGAAGAUUUCCUAGAUGCUCGAUUUAAAACCAUGAAGAAAGAUUCCUUGAAUUCAUCUCAUCCAAUAUCAUCAUUAUCUGUUCAGUCUUCAGAACAGAUUGAAGAAAUGUUUGAUUCUCUUUCCUAUUUUAAGGGAGCUUCUCUCUUAUUGAUGCUGAAAACUUAUCUUAGUGAAGAUGUGUUUCAACAUGCUAUUGUUCUUUACCUGCAUGAUCAUAGCUAUGCAGCAGUUCGAAGUGAUGAUCUGUGGGAUAGUUUUAAUGAGGUUACAAACAAAACACUAGAUGUAAAGAAAAUGAUGAAAACCUGGACCCUGCAGAAAGGAUUUCCUUUAGUGACUGUUCAAAGAAAAGGAAAAGAACUUCUUGUACAACAAGAAAGAUUCUUUUUAAAUACGAAGCCUGAAAUUCAGCCUUCAGAUGCAAGCUAUCUGUGGCAUAUUCCACUAUCCUGUGUCACUGAGGGAAGGAAUUAUUCAAAAUAUCCAUUGGUAUUAUUACUGGACAAGAAAUCAGGUGUCAUCAAUCUCACGGAAGAAGUACAGUGGGUCAAAGUCAAUACCAACAUGAAUGGCUAUUAUAUUGUACACUAUGCAGAUGACGACUGGGAAGCACUAAUCAAACAGUUGAAAAUAAAUCCUUAUGUCCUGAGUGACAAAGACCGAGCCAACCUCAUCAACAACAUCUUUGAACUUGCAGGCCUAGGCAAGGUGCCUCUUCAGAGGGCCUUUGAUUUGAUUGACUAUCUUGGAAAUGAGACCUUUGCUGCACCCAUCACUGAAGCCCUGUUCCAAACAGGCCUCAUCCAUAACCUCCUUGAAAAACUGGGAUACAUGGAUCUGGCCUCAAGACUGGCGACCAGGGUAUUUAAAUUGCUUCAAAGCCAAAUCCAACAGCAGACUUGGACUGAUGAGGGCACCCCAUCUAUUCGAGAACUUCGGUCAGUCUUGCUAGAAUUUGCUUGCACCCACAGCCUGGAGAACUGCAGCACUAUCGCCAUGAAGCUGUUUGACGAUUGGGUGGCAUCCAAUGGAACUCAAAGCCUACCUACUGAUGUCAUGACUACCGUGUUCAAAGUUGGAGCAAAAACUGAAAGCGGCUGGUCAUUCCUCUUAAGCAAGUACAUCUCUAUAGGCUCUGAAGCAGAGAAAAAUAAAAUACUUGAAGCUCUUGCCAGUUCAGAGGAUGUACGGAAACUUUACUGGUUAAUGAAAACUAGCCUCGAUGGAGAUAUCAUCCGAACACAAAAGCUGUCAUUCGUCAUUAGAACAGUGGCACGACGUUUUCCUGGACACUUACUGGCAUGGGAUUUUGUCAAAGAGAACUGGAAUAAGCUUGUACAGAAGUUCCAUCUGGGGUCCUAUACCAUGCACAGUAUUGUUGCUGGAUCAACUCACCUGUUUUCAACAAAGGCACACUUGUCUGAGGUCCAGGCAUUCUUUGAAAGUCAGUCCGAGACGACCUUCCGGCUUCGUUAUGUCCAGGAGGCUUUGGAAGUUAUUCAACUGAACAUCCAGUGGAUGGAGAAGAACCUUAAAGCUCUGACGUGGUGGCUGUAGCACUCACAGCCACACCUCCUAGUGUCACCCAUUCAGAGAGCUUAUUGACUUGGGCUCUGCUGCUUUUGCAAAAGCCAAGGUGAAGCCAGGGUUGCUGCCGAGUUGUUUGCACUCUUGGGUGUUCUAGUUAGCUCAGGGCCCGUCUGUGUUUUUCAUCUGUCUUUUCUGAAAUAUCUUUGGGCAGUAUGUAAUUAUUUAUUACAAAAUUAUCUUCACCUAAAUGCCAACCAUCUACAAAAACAAUGAGUAAUUUUUCUGCCUUGAAGAUACCCAAAUGGGGAAAAAAUUAGUUUGGGGAUUCUGUUCUGUUUGUCAGUAUCUGGAAAGUACUGACAGUGUGAAACAAGGAAAGAUCUACCAUGGGAACCACCAUCUUUGCAGGCUACUGGUUUGUCAGCCAUUUGUUGCUUCUUGUUGAUAGAUGUUAUUUGAAUGUACAGAGUUAGCUUCAAAAUGUAUGGGAGUGAGGUCGAUGACACGUGCAGCUGGAGAAACUGAUCUCAGGUGUGCAGAUCUACUUUGGGGGUUUUGAUUAAUCCUUUAUUUUCUGGAAAAAGUUUAAAUAAGAUCUUUAACUGUUAUAUUUUUUUCUGCUGAAUAGCCAGGUGCUACAGAAUUUUUAAAUUUUUGUUGUAUUAAAAAGAUAAAUAGCUCCAAAAGAUUAAAUUUUCCAAAUAUUUAACACUCUUUUUCAUCUUUUAGGAAAACAUUUCAAUCCAAGUUAGCUUUAAUUGUCUUAUUCGUGAAUUACAGUAUUCUCCAAAUCUGUACACUUUUAUCACUCCCUGUCAUAGAUACACCUUAUGUUAUAAAUUUCUUUUAAAUUUAUGGCAAGCAUUUUGUUAAUACUGAUGUAUUUUAUCAUGACUUUAUCACUGUUGCUAAGAAUACAAUUUGUUUGUUCCCUUUUGGUGUGAUAGAUCAUGGACACUUUCUCUCUGAGUCAUACCCGUGGGUGGAUUUUCAUUUUAUGUGAUAGAGUAACAUAUUAGAACCAUAUUUUAGAAUAGGGCCUUUGAGAAAUUCAACCUUUUUAUUUGAAGUUCACCAUAGUACCUUAAAGGAAUAAAGAGAAUGUGGGAUAGGAGUAACUUGAUUCAGGUUUAAUAUGGUGGGCUUUGAAUUUUUUCUACUAUCAAAAACAGUACUUUUAUUUAGUUAAAAAAUUGUAGUUUUCUUUUAUCAUGGCCAAACUAACAGAUUAAAAGGAAUGGCCAGGAAAGAAAGAAAGAAAAUGAGGGAAGAUAUCCAAAACUGUAUGGCAUUUUUACUCCUUCUAAAGGAGAAAUACUGUACUUGAACUUUUUGAGCUAUGCAGACUUAUACCUAGAUUGUGUGUUUCAUUGAUUCUUAGGAGAAAAGCUUUCUUCCUAAUGAUUCUUGAGUACUUUAUAUUUUGUUUGAAAACGUCUUUUAUGUACGUAAAAAGGGUAGUUACCCAUUUACAAGCACUUACAACACUCCAGAGAAUCAGACAAUGGGAAAGGUCACCUUUUUGUAUUCAGCAGGUGUAAAGUGAGAAUAUGUGGGAUUGUGUAUAAAAUUAUAUUUUAUUUUAUGAAAAUAUUUUUAUAUAACAAAAUUUAAAAGGCUGGUAAGCUAAAAGAUAGCUUUCUUUAAUCCUAGUGUGUUUUCCCCCAAUUUAGUCUUUUCUAAACAACAUUUCUCUCUGUUUUAGAGUAGAAAAUAUUAUAUCCUGAGAAUCACAGAAUCGUCUAAAGAUGUCUUAUUGAAACUUGGGGGAUUGUAGGUCUUUAUUCCUCCUGUGCUUCAGUAAAUGAAUGAUCACUUAGUUGAUAUUGAAAGUUAGUGUGUUUUUAUAUUUUUAGAGUGGGGACAAAUACUAAACUUUUGAUGGGUUUUUUUGUUGCUGGUUUUUUACCAUGUUAUAUUACUAAAUUCCACUUUGAUACAGAGUUUAAAUUUUGCUACUUUUCAAAAUCAGUUAAGAUUCUUCAGUUUUGCCUGCCCAUCUUUACAUUGCUCCUGUAAUAUAUGUCAGCUCUGCGUAUGGCAAAUCUUGUCUCAAAUCAUAUCAUUUUUCCUGUGAGUGUGUGUGUGGAGGGUGGGGUGGGGCAUGUUGUUAUAAGUAAAACCUUUUCAAAACAUAAGCUAAAUAAGAGGUAGCUCGUUAUCCAUUGGUAUCUGUGUACCCAAAAGCUGUGCAUUCCCCUGGUACCAAGUUCAUACUAUUUGUAGCUUUAUUUGUAGGCUUCGCCUCAAAUAUUUGUAGUUUUAGCAGGCCUCACCUCAAAUUUUCCCACAGAAUUCCAUGAUUGUCAAUGUUAUGCUAACCCAUCUACAUGGGACUUCUAAAAACUAAUUCUAAGUCAGGAAGAUAUGGUUAAACAAUAGGUAGAAUAUAUAGUGUAAGCAAUGUAAUUGUAGUUUUUGAAGUUUUUCCCCCAAAACUUUAUCUUAGCCCCUGUAUUUCUGAGAACUCACGUAGACUGAAGCACAGCAGUCACAGCGUGCUUUUAAGCACACAGACCCGUGGCACAGUUAGGUACUCAUCUGACAAGCGUUAUAUUCACCGCAAAGAGACGGUCUUCUUGAAUGUAAUUUAGAAGGCGUGUCACACGAGAUUACUGGGAAAGAUGAGAUUGGAAAUCGGGAAUUGUAGAAGAAAAAUUUAUGAAUUGGAAAUCGGGAAUUGUAGAAGAAAAACCUGUGCUUUGGAAAUCAGAAGGUCCUUGAAAGUAGAAAUCUACGGAGUCCAGUUUGUUCUGUUAAAAUCGAGUGAUUAGCUUCGUUAAACUGCAAGUAGUGUCAGCUUCCACCAUAAGCUUGUGCCUCCCUCCAUCUUAUUGUUUUAUAGAAGUCUCUCUAAGUGAAAUUGUCAUUUGCCAUUGUUUCAGUGUUGAUGAACUUUCUUAUUAUCACAGGACUCUGUUAUCCUUUGCCGUUUGUGUUUUCCUGUUAUUGUACUUUAGCCGCGGUAGGAGCAAAGGAGCUGUCAGAAGAGUCCUGGGUAUGUAGAGGAUGUCAGCUGCCCCAGUCUUAUGGAUACCGAGCAGAAUCCUUUCUGAGUGUCGAAAAGUAAGAAAUGAGAGUCGAGUGCUGAGUUUGUCAGAUUACUGAUAGUCUGUUACUGAGUUGGAUUUCGAGUCUACUCAGACUAAAGCCCCUGGAACCAUAAUCUGCAGUCAGAUUGCUGAACCUUCACACAAUCCCCGUGCAUUUCAUGGGGCUGCAGGGAAGGUGUAGGUGUCUCAGGACAUGUGUUGUCACCAAGGACAGCAAUUCCUGGGCCGAGUUUGCAAAACUGGACCCGAAUUCCAUAGGUGUGAUGUAGCUGCUUGUCCCCUUUGCCUUUGUUAUUUUUGUUUUUAUUGGAAUUAACUCUCUUUUUAAACUUUCUUCCCCUCGCACAACACCUCUGUUUGUACUUUUGAAAACUAAGGUAUAUAUUUUUGCUGUUUUUUGCAUUCUUUUAUUUUAUAUUUCCUUCUCUGCAUUGGCAAGUAAGUACCAAAUGAAAAGUGAAGGUCUGAAAGUGUGAUCACUCUCCCCUCCCUUCCCCUUAUUGUCUGCAUGGGCAACAGCUCAUAGAGGAGUUGAUUGAUUUCUUUGAGUGACUUUUUGGGGGUAUGUGCUUUAAAAAUGUACAGAUAUGUUUUUAUAUUCUUUCAUUUUGUCUAUUUUGUCCUGAUGAAAAGAGAAAUAUUUUCCUAUGAAAACCUUGUCUACCCUUCCCAUAUUGCCUGUGUGAGCAACAGCUAGAGUAAUUAUUUGAUUUUCUUUUUUGGAAGGAGAUGGUGAUAUUGGGAGGAAGGUGAAGUAUGUUCUUUUAAAAAUUACAUACACGUGUUUUUGCUGCUAUUUUGUGGCUGUUGUUUCAUUUUGUAGUUCCUCAUCCUUCUCAUGGGUAUGUAGCUAUCUGAUGAACUGUGGAGGUCCAGAAGUAUGACAGUGUCCUGUUACCCCGUCCUCAUUGCCUGCAUGGACAGAAACUAAUGGAGGAGUUGUAUUUUGGUCUAGUCUUGAGGGCAGGGGGUUGUAUAUCAUUGUUGCAAGUGUAUAUAAAUAUUAUGCUACUUUUUUAUAUUUCAUUGUAUACGUGCUCCUUUGCAUGGAUAUCAUUUAAUGAAAAUUGAGGUUCAGAGUAUGAUAAAUCUCCUCUUUUCCCUUUUCCUCUUGCCCCUUUGGGCAAUAGCUUGAAUAGUUUGUUUUGGGGGUGGGAGAGAAUGGGGUAUGUACUCAAUGUAUAUAAAUAAAUUUGCUACUACUUUGUAUUACUAAUUCAUUUCGUACUCUGUCCUCAUAGGACAUGGAAGUACCUAAUGAGACGUGGAGGUCCGGAUGUAUGACAAUUUCCUCUUGUCCCCUUCCCUUAUUGCCUGUGUGGGCAAUGGCUAGUAGCGUAGUUAUUGGAGUGGGGUUUGCGGGGGGAGGGGAUGUGUACCUGCUGUAUAUACCUGUUUUUACUACUGUGUCAUAUUAUUUCAUUGGGUGCCCAGAGGGUGGUAUCUCAUGAACCAUAGAGGUCCAGAUAUAUAACAAUCUCCUCUUGUCCCCUUCCCUAUUGCCUGUGUGGGCAAUGGCUAGUAGAGUAGUUGAUUAGUUUCAGGGACUCUUUUGUGGGUAUUGGGUAAAUACUUUUUAAAUAUACAUACAGGUUUUUACUUCCUUAUUAUGGUCUUUCAUUGGGUACCCAGUCCUUCACUUGGACAUGUAGGUUCCUAAUGAACCAUGGAGUUCUGAAUGUACAGCACUCUCCUCUUCUCCCUUUCCUUUUUUAUCUGUGUAGGCAAUAAUUUUAAAGUAGUUGGGUUUUUUGAAGUUUUGGGGGGCAGGAUAUAUACUUUUGGAAACUGUAUAUACAGUGUUUGUUACUAUAUUGUGUUUUUCCAUUUUGUACCCGUCCCAAGCUUGGACGUGUAGAUACCUAACAAGACGUGGAGGUCCGGAUGUAUGAAAAUCUCCUCUUUUCCCCUUUCCACAUUGCCUCUGUGGGCAAUAGUUUUAGCGUAGCCUAGAUUAUUUUUUUUAAACUCUACCACUGCCUCCCCUGGGAGGGUGGGGAUAUGUACUUUCUAAAAUGUAUAUAAAUGUUUUUGCUCCUUUUAUCUGUUUUGUACCUAGACCUUUCCAUGGAUACUUAGGUACCUGAUGAAAAUUAAGGUUCAUUCUAUGAAAAAAAUCUCCUCAUCUCCCUUUCCUUAUUGCCUGGCUGGGCAAUGGCUAGUAGCAUAGUUGUUUAGAGAUGAUUUUUUUUUUUUGGCAGGGUAGUGGGGGAUUUCUGGGUUUGCAUUUUUUAAAUGUAUGUAAAUGUUUGCUGCUUUUUUUGUUCUUUCACUCCAAACUUAGUUUUUUGUUUGGACUUGUAGAUAUCAACUGUAAUGCAGAGGCCCAGAUCCAGAGGUGUCGUCAAUCUUUUCUUCCUUCCCCCGUAGCCUGUGUACAUGGGCAAUAGUAUGAGAAUGCUAUAUAGGGCUUGGCUUUUUGUUUUUGAGGUUUUUAAUGGGGAAUAGACUUAGGCAAGAUAUGUAGUUUUUUAAAUGUAUGUAAAUGUUUUUGCCUCUUUUUGAUGUUCACUUCAUUUUGAGUCUAGUCCUUUGCAUGGUUAUUUAGGUACUUAGGUAUUUAGGUGAUGAAAGUUGAGAUUGAUUCUAUGAAAAAUCCCCCCUUCUCCCCUUCCCUCAUUGCCUGGUGGGCAAUAGUAGAACAAUAGAUGUUUGGGUUUUUUUUUUUUGAGGGAUGGGGGUGGGGAAGGUUUGGGUAUAUAUAUAUAUAUAUAUAUAUAUAUAUUUUUUUUUUUAAUGUAGAUAAAUGUUUGCUACAUUUUGUGUAUUAUUUCAUUUAGUACCCAGUCCUUUGCUGGGACUUGUAGGUACAUAAUGAAACAUGGAGGUCCAGACGUAUGAUAAAUCUCCUCUGCUCCCCUUCCCUCACUGCCUGUGCAGGCAAUAGUUUUAUAAUCUGGGUUUUUUUUUUCAGGAGGGAUUAUUUGGGUGGGUAGCGGUUAGGGGAAAAGGACAGGGUAUGAACUUUUAAAAAAUGUAUGUAAAUGUCUUCCUGUUACUGAUGUUGUACCUAGUCCUUUGUGUCCAGUGUGGGUACCGAAUGCAAAUGGAGGGUCAGCGUGUGACAGAUCUCCCCCCCUUCCCCUGGUUGCCUGUGUGGGCAGCAGCGAUUAGAAGAGUUGUGUGUUGUUUACUUACUUGUUUGUUUUGAAGGGAUUUGUAUUUUUGGCAAGGGAAUAUUCUUAAUACAUAUAAAUAUGUUUUUAUUUCUUUGUUAUUUCAUUCUGUCUUUAGUCCUUUGCAUGGCUUUGUAGGGACCUAAUGAAAAUUGUGUUUCAUAAGUUGACACAUCACUUUUUCAUUUCCCGCAUAUUUCUUCAUUUAGCAGUAGCUAGCACAGUUUUUUUGUGUUUAUUUUGUUUAAUUCUCUAGCAUAUAGCUUUUAAAGAUCUAAAAAAAUAUAUACACAUAUGUAAUUUCCUUCUCCCCCCCGCCAUUAUUUUCCUUCAGUACUUAGUCCCUUGCAGGGCUCUGAAUGUAUCUAAUAAAAAUAAAGUCCCACUAAAUCCCUGCCACCUGAUGUGAAGGUGUGGCAUUGUGGUGGUAUAACUAAUGGCAACAGACAUGUAGCAAAUAAGAUGGGAGAAGACACUUGGAUAUGGUUGAGUUGUGAAAGCUAAUCAGAUCCAGCAUUUCUUGUGUUGAUUCAAACUAAAUGAAAUGUAAGAAGGGACCUGUUCUUUGGAAAUUCCGGAAAGACAAGGAGGCAAUACUAAGUAAAAUUGUGUUUAAAGAUCAGUGCUGACUAAUCUUUCAGUGACUGGUAAGCCACAGAAGUGCUGCCUAGAACUCAUUUGAAGACCCUAGAGAGCAGCUUCUUUUUUGAGGCCUAGAAUUCUGAUUCGUCUAUAGAAGUCUGUUGCAAUUCCAUCAAUAGCAUAUUCUUGUGUAGUCGGUAGAAAUUUUUUUUGUUUUUGGAAUGAUCCUUUUGAGUUAUUGCCAUGGUUCUAGUGAAUGGCUGCAUGGGCCCAAAAACUAAUGCAAAAAGAAUUUGAGUGACAGGCCUCUUCUAUUUUUCAGCACCCACGUAUGGUAGGGCAAGCUGGCCCUUUCCUACCCGGAACUCCUCUGUGUGGCUGCGUCUCUCUCCUCAGUUCUCCAUUAGCUGGACCAUUCCUGUUCUUUUUCCUUUUUGUCUUCAGUCCCUGCAUUGUUAGAUGUUGUCUUCAAGUACACUCAAAAAUGUAAGCCAGUGUCGCCUCAUUAGCUGUGUGUUUUGCAUGCGUUUCAUGCAUGCAGACCUGUAUGUUCCCUUUGAGCAUUUCGAAUCGUAUUUCACAUCAGCUCUUCAUCCACCACGUGGUAACUGUUAUGACUCCACAUUUGUCUGUAUCAAAGAAAAUGCAUGUGUAAAAUUCCUCCCUCUCUCUCUGCCCUGCUCCCUUCAUUCGAUCUUCUGAGCAUUUCUUGUUCGUUCUGCAGUUUAUAAUGAAUAUAAUGCUGAAGAUUUGCCAUAUUAUUAUUAUUAUUAUUAUUUUAGAAACAUUGAGUGAUAGGACUCCUAGAAAAUUUGCAAAGAGAUGUUAUUUACCUUAUAAAACUCUCAGGUUCUAGUGUUGAAAAAUUAGCCUAUACUUUACUGUUACUUAUACCUGCUGCUGUAGAAAAAACAAAAGUUUAUUCAUGGCACAUUUAACUUUGAUCAUAAAUAAAAGAGAAGGAGGCACCUUUUUGGAGUUAGUCAUGGUCGUCAUUAGUGAUAUUUCUGACAGUUCUUCAUUUGAAGUACUUCAAAGGAAGUAAAGGUCAUGGCUUAGCUGAAUGAAAUGCUCCAGAAGUACAGUAAUACACUCGUGUGUGUGUAUAUAAAAUGAGAAUUACAGCAUAAAUUGGAGCAUUUGCGUUAAUCAGCAAGCUCACAUUGAGACAAAACUCAGUCUUACAGCUGUCUUGAUUAAAGCCAAGUGUUCCAUGUUGCUGUGAAGAAGAGUCUUUCAAAAACUUUGAAAAAUAGUUACUUGGGUACUUGUAAGGUAUUACAUUUUCGUAUUUAAACACCUAUAGAGAUCUCCAGUUCCUUGAAUCUGAGCUUAUGGGUGGAAUUCUAAAUUUGUAUCAUAAUCUGUCUUUUGUGGAAGGUUUUGAAAAUAGUUAUGUAUAUAUAUAAUAUUAUAUAUGCAAGUUGUGUUGUGUCACUUGUAAAGGGAAAAGGCUUAUUUUUCUUUAUACUUCUAAUAACUUGUUUUGCAUAUGACCAGCACUGACUGAAAGGCAUGUGUAACUGCAAACACUGUUGCUUUUUUUUUUGUGAAAUGAAAAUAAAAGUAUUUAAAUAUAAA